ACGGCCAUUCGUCUACAAUUUUCCAAUUUAAGUAGGCCGGUCACACAGAGAACGAUUUCUCCGAAAGUAUGGCUUCGAUUUUCGUACGAAAUUUGCAUCAAAGUGUAACAGAAGCCACGCUAUUCCACAAAUUUUCAUCGAUCGGUCCACUACUAUCACUUCACAUUUGUCGUGAGUCAACCAGUAACCGUUCCCUGGGAUAUGCUUACGUGAAUUUCGUCGAUCGAAUUCAUGCCAAUCGUGCCAUCGAAACAAUGAACUUUGAGUUGCUGGAAGGCAGCCCCAUCCAGAUUGUUCGAUCAGAAAGAGAUCCAUUGCGGCGGAAAAUGCAGCGACCGAAUGUAUUCGUCAAGAAUCUGGAUAGCAGUGUCACUAACCGGGAGUUCUUCUUAGCAUUCUCUCAGUUUGGCAAGGUUCUUUCGUCUACGGUUGCCAAAGAACCGAAUGGAACAUCAAAGUGUUAUGGAUUCGUGCAGUUCGAAGACGAAGAGUCGGUCAAGAGAUCCAUUUUUCUGCUGAAUGGUUUGAUGGUCAAAAAUAAGAUUUUGUGUGUGCAACGUUUCGUCGAACGAAAAACGAAUGGGCCCCAAGCGAUCAAUGAUUCCCCUGAGCAAAAGUCUACGAACGUUUACGUGAAGAACAUUCCCAAGGAACUGAAUAAUCAGAGCUUGCGUGAAAUGUUCGAAAAAUUUGGUAAAAUUGUGAGUCCAAAAAUCAUGACCGACUCCGAUGGUUUGUCUCGUGGCUUCGGAUUUGUGUCGUUUGAAAGUCCGGAUGCGGCCAACAGAGCUAUUUCCCAAAUGAACGGUCACAUACUUCCAAAUGCCAAAACACCAUUGUGCGUCUGCCGUGCUCAGACGAAAAAGGAAAGAGAAAUUGCUAUGAAGACGCAACAUCAAGAGCAUCAUGGAUUGGAAAUGGGUAAUCUUUGCGUAAGCAAUCUGGAUGAUACUGUCGAUGACGAUCGCUUGAGAAUGGAAUUUCAACCAUACGGAACAGUUAUCACAGCUAGAGUCAUUACGAAGCAAGAACGAUCGAUUGGGAUAGGACACGUUUGUUUCUCCAGACAAAGUGACGCUGAGAAUGCAAUUGCUGCUGUAAAUGGUCGUAUGAUUGGCACAAAGCCUAUAAUCGUCUAUCUAUCCAACGGAGUACGAAGUUCUUUCGCUGAAAAACGACUACUCGAUGCUAGUUCUCACAGACCGACUCGGCUGGAUAUUGUAGACAAAACACUACAAGUUAAUGGGGAUAUUACAACGCAAGCAAUGGACAAAAGGAAACCGGAUAUGACAACUGUAUAUCGGAUGCUGUCACCGCCGGACGCAUCGGAGCGGAUUCUUUCCAUCCAGAGAGUUUAAAAAUGCAUUUUAUGGAGCAAAAAUCAAAUCUUUUCAUUUUUCAUAAAUAAGUUACGGUACUGCAGCUCAAUCAACAUUAUAUCACAUGCGCGUUCCACC